AUGGAAGCGAUUGAGAUUGAUAAUGAAAGAUUAAAAGCAGAUUUAAAGUAUAAUAAAGAUCGAUUAGGUAACUUACAAGAUCAAGUUUAUGAAUUAAAACAAGAACUUGAAAGCGAGAUUGAAAAGAAAGAAAGGAUAGAAGAAGAGAUGAGAAAUACGAUUGUGAGACAUAAGAGUAUGAUGAAGAAGAUGAAAGAAGAGAAUGUGAACCAAGCCAAAGAAAACGAAAGUUUAGAAAUGAAAUUAGGACAAGUUGAGAUGAGAUUAAAAGAAUGUGUAGAAACUAUGGAAAAGGAUAGGAUCGAAUUAGAAGGAUUGAGAGAUGAAUUGAUCGUUUCUCAACCUAGAAGAUCGAAUCAAACUACUAAAUUGGUGAUUCCUACUAAUACGGAUGAUGAUGAUUUUUCGAAAAAGAUUCGGUUUGGAAGAACAGAAGAAGAAACGGUAAGGGAUCAGCAGGAUGAGGAUGAGGAUGAUUAUGGAGAUAGGACAGGUACAGUUAUGGAUAAAGGUGAGAUUCCAUACCAUCCAACAGGACUUGAUCCAUCCAACAAAAAGUCACAAGUCCCUAUACAUCAAAAAGUUCAAACGGUCACUCAAACCAAAGAAGAACUCGAAAUCGAAUUAAGACAAGCUAAGAGAAGAAUCGAAAGCUUAUUAGAAGAAUUAGGAGAAAAACAUCAAGAACAGACACCUAGAUUAGAAACCCAGAGAUCGAAUGAGAAUUUCAAAACAAGAAGAGAAGAAGAAGAAAGGUUAAGAAACAUGAAACAUGAUCCUAGUUUGUUAUGUAUCAAACAAGACGAGAGUUUAGGAUUAAUUCAAAGAUUAGAUAACUUGGAAAAACAUUUAACUAGUUUCUCUUCCCAAUCCACUUCACCUCAUCAUCAACCACAACAUCAUCAAGAUCCAACUCAUCUGAAAGGUAGAUGGAGGAAAAGAGGAGGAAAAGAAGAAGGAGAAGGAAGUUUUGGAUCAUCUGUGGGAUCUAGUUUGCCAAUUUGGGUGACGGAUCCAAGAAGUCAAGCGAGUAAUGCUAGUGUGACAGGUAGUUUGAGUAAAUCUAAUAGGAUUGGAAAUAUGACGAAAGAGAUGCAAGAGAUUUUAGGCUUGAAGGUCUUAUUGAAUCAAUCGGAUGAUGAUCGGGUGAAAGUAGAAAUUGAGAAUCGAGAAUUAAAACAAGAAAUCGAAGAAUUAAAGAAUACGAAUCGGAUGUUGGAAGGAGCGAUUGAGAACCCAAUGAAGGUUUUGAAAGAUUAUGAUAAGACGGUUAGGUUGGAAAAAGAGAUUAGAGAGUUAAGAAGAGAGAUUGAGAAUUUGAAUCGGAAACAUAUUCAACAAGUUGAUGCAUUAAAUCAAGAAGUGGUCGAACUUGAAUCGAUUAUUGAAGUGAAGGUUUUGAAAGAAGCGGAAAUCGAAGCUGAAUUACAACAUUAUAAAUAUAAUACUUGA